AUGCCAGUUAGAAAAAGACAAGCUGUGUCUACAGGAUUGUCCUCAGAGGACAAUCAGAGCGAGAGAAAGCAUGCAGAGCUCCAAUCUCUGCGAGGAGAAGCCGCAGAAGCCGCAGCAGCAGUAAGAGAUCUAGAACGGGUUCGUGGAUCUUACAGUAACGCAUAUGGGGCACUCGAUCUCGUCAAAAGAAGCCUUCCGAACGUGCCAGAGCGAGGUCACUCGGCGAAUCAGAGGCUGUCGAAUUUCAAGCGUACAUUCGUUCCGCAAACAGUUGAAAACCCUCAAGUUAUAACUUUCAUACAGAACAUAGAAUCACUUUGGCUAAAAUUUACAGCUCAAGAACUGGCUCAGAUUACUUAUGCCACGAACAGAGCAAUGAAUAUACUUCACGAGGUUUUGGAACUGAACCCUCUAAAGUCAAGCCUUCAAUCUGUACAAACAAAAAUUUAUUCUGUGUCAGCAAAUAUAGAUGAUCUAGAACAUGUAAAACUAGAGUUGAACGAUAUCACACGAACAGCAAUUAGUAAAAAGAACACCUUUGAGAAUGACUUACAAAAUCAUGAGAAGUAUGAAACUUGGAACAAUGAGUUUAGUGCUUGGCUAGCAGUACCAGCAAACUUGCAGAACAUUAGAAAGUCAUAA